ACGACGAUGGAAGUAAAUCCACUGAGUAUCAUCCUCGUUAAAUCGGAUAGUAAAGGAGACCGCCUGUUGUUUCGCUAUCCGUACAAUCUACCUCAGCAGUUCCAGGCGGCCGUUAUUCCAUCGAGAAAAACGCCCUAUUCCUUAAUCAACGCCGGGGAAGAUAUUCUCCAGAAUGCUCCACCUUCUAACAUUUGCUUCGAUCAAUUGUAUGGCAUCUCGGAUAAAGAUCUAGCAACGCUGUUUGCCGUGAAAUCUGAACUCUGCAAUCAAAAAUUUGAGCUUAAAGUAAAUGACGUACGAUUUGUCUCGCAUCCAACGUUGCUGCGUAGUGAUCAGGGUAGCAGCGAACAGAAAACGUCUUCCUACAUUCAGAUCAACGUGGUGUUUGCACUGCACGCCCAGGCAAGCUAUUCCGUGGUCAAUAGUUACUACGAGCUCAGCAAACGUAUCGGCUUCGCGCUGAUCUACGAGGAACGACGUGAUGGUUACAUUUCUCGCGAAAUCAAAACGAUGGUUGCUGUGAUGGAUGAAAAUAGUGCCCUCCAGGAGCAGGAGCAGCAGCCAGCUGGUACAACUGGAACUGGUGUGACAGGUGGGCCCAGUGGUGGACCGGGGUCCACAGGCGCUAGUGGCCAAACGGUGGUAACAAAUGCUGCAGCAACUGCAGCCGGAAUUGCCGUCAGUGUUUUUGAUACGAUACUGAAGAACACCACGCUGGCGCAAUUUAUCAAAACUAUUUAUCACGACCUUUGCAGCACAGGUCUUCUGAACGUCACGAUGAAUCAAACGGUGACGCUAAGCUUCUGCCUGCCCCAGAAGGCACAUCAGUUUCACAAGAAAGGUGUAGUCGUGGAGCCGGAAACGAUUGACCGCUGCGUGGAUUCGUUGAAACCCUAUCACGGGAUGCUGCUGCUCGUCGAUCCGUCCGAACUGUUUGACUGUGUGCCACCAUCGGCGGCCAACAUGCUGCUUCAGCUGAUUGAAGUGUACAACCCGCUAAAAAGUCUCCAAAACAUGGCGUCAGAUGCGGAGCUGCUGAUUGAGUACGUAAACCAGAUCGUGGGUCAUCUCGUGUACUGGGCCAAGGCGACCAUCAUUUAUCCGCUCUGCGAGACGAACGUGUAUGUGAUAGCACCGGACGCGCAACUAAACAUUCACUCCAAUCUGCCGGAUAAGUUCGCCACCAAGUUUCCGGGCAUGUCAUUGUUCGAGGUGAUCAGUGACUUCUCGUUGCCUACCUCGAUCGGGCACCUGACUACCCCGUUGCAGCAUCCUGCACGUCAGGGUCGGCUCGCUCAGAUGGUUCUCUGGAUGUUACAGCACCAUCUGCUCAUGCAGUUGCACACGUACGUGCAGUUCGUGGCCAACCUAGAUGGGAUAGAAACGGAGGAAGAAAUGGAAGGGGCGGCAGGAUUAGCAGGAGCAGGCAGUGGGGGAGGUUUAGCGACUGAAAGCUCUAGAGCUAAUGCAAACCAACAACACACGCUGUACGGUAGCUCGGCCCCGAGCGGUUCCUCCAGCCAACCGUUGGCUGUGCCGAUGGGUGGCAACCGGAAGCAUUCGCUCAGCGAAGAUCGCUAUUCCGAUAGUCUUUCCGCUUUGCUCACAACUUCGGUCGUUUCGGUGGCGUCGAAUACAAGGCCCUCGUCGGUAAGCCAUCGCUCAAACAUGAGCCACUCCAGCGUUGGAGGGUUACAGACAGCUUCAAGUACCGAAAACGAUGAAAGUAUCGCAUCGAUUGAUGAGGACGAUAAGUUGCGCCGACUGCUGGCCGCUUUUCCCGAACCCGACCGGAAAGCGGUGGCGCGUAUUCCCGCUGCGAAAAAUCCAGAGGAUUUAGCGUUGAUGGUACGCCUUUGGCAGAAGGGAUACUUUAUGGGCGAGCAUCACUUGGAGGAGAUUAUGUACUUUGAAAAUCUGCGUCGAUCGCAGCUUCUCCAGCUGGUAGACAAGUUUCGUGAGGUGUUGAUUAUUUACGAGACGGAAGAUCCGGUCAUAGCGAACCUUUAUUCGGAGCAGACGGAUGAUUAAUGAAGCGCUGUUGAAAACAGGCUUUCAGUUACUGAUAAAUAUUUUCCAAA